AGAGACAUGCCACUACUGAAGUGUGCAAAGAGCACAGUCUGUUACAGCAAUAUACAAUACAUGCAAUCGUUUCCUUCAAAGAACUGAGACAUAUAUAACAGACCAAGGGCUUGGUCCCGUCCCGCUGAACUCAAUGGAAGUUUAACUACUGGUCUCAGUGGGACAAGGUUCGGGUUUCUUCCGAGGCUGAGCAGGGCAGAUUCUGUGGGCAGUUUCUUUGGAGGAAACACAAUGGAAAGGCGCAGUGGAAGACUGGCCAGCCUUCAAAAGCAGAAGCCCAAUAUAUACCGAGAAACCGGGGUGAGGAGGGUUUUCAAAAGACCGUACAGGAGUAAGCACUCUUCUAGUGCCACCCGAUUGAAACGAGACUGCAGCCCUGAGCAGGACCAUUGUCCACACAGCGACAGAGAUGCAGAAGACUCAACAGAGCAGCCUACCUGCAGUACAGAGCUGCAUGAAGGAAGCAGCUGCUCCAGCAAAUGUCUUCCUGAAACCAGCACGUUGGUAGACACCACCAACAAUUCCCCUGUGUUGCACAACCAAGGGCAUAUCCCGUUAGAGGAGCAGUCCAGGCGAGUGAUGAAGAUGGUUGCUUUUCCGGCAAUAAUAUUCCUGUUGGGCAUCUUUUCCGCAUUUGUGCAUGGCUUUCGCUUGCCCUCUGGGACCUGCAAGCCGCAGAUGCAGUUGAAGCUCAGACACCAGAAUGAGAUUCUUCAGCAACACCUUCAGCGGGAAAUUGAUGACUUCCGAGGGCAGAUCGCUGAGCUGCAGAUUCAAGUAGCGACUCUAGCAAAGACGCAUGGACGGCAGUGUCGGAGGACAAAGAAACAUCCAGUAGGGUCAGUGGACAGUUGGGUACAGGGCAACAGUGACCGCAUCCAGAGGGAGGACUUUGCUCUGAAAUCAUUGGGUGCCUCUGUUGUGAAAUACAGUGAAAGCUACAAGACAGGUGCGCAUAUCUGUAUGUUUGGACUCUGCUGGGAAUAUUCACGAUCUCCAGAUGUGAUUCUACAGCGGGAUAACACCCCAGGGAACUGCUGGGCCCUGCGUGGAUCUCGUGGCUAUGUCGUGGUUAAAUUAUCCAGAGUCAUCCAUCCGCUUGCUGUCACGCUGGAUCAUAUUGCCAAGGAAGACUCUCAGACAGAAGAGAUAUCCAGUGCCCCAAAGAACUUUGCCAUCUAUGAUGCAAACACAGAUCAAUUCGGAUACCUACAGCUGAGAGUCCUGAGCAACUGGGGUCACCAAAACUAUACAUGCAUUUAUGGGCUUCGUGUGCAUGGGGACCCAGCGCUCUGAUGAACCUGCCAGCAAGAAUCCAUGCAAUAAAUAAUUACUUCUGGGUAACAUGUUCGCUUUGAUAGUGUCGGUCUGGCCAGUAACAGCAAACAGAAGCAGCCCUGUUUCUUUAUAUUACUUCUGACUCACUCCAGAUUGAAGAAGAUGCUUAAUGAAAUGUAACCUGAUUCCUAAAAUCCAACUUGUGGCUAUGGGCAGAAAGUGACACUGUAAAAAUGGCACCUUCUUACUCCACCGAUCUGCUCCCAGAGUAUUAUCUGAAUCCUAUUUGCUGAUUUAAUUGGCCAAAGUAAGUUUUUUAACAAGUCCAAUUAAUACAGUACUUCUCGGAGACACUAAGCUUGAUUCUGUUCCAGCUUGUGUACCAUCGACAGAAUUGUUAACAAGGCUUCAUUUGUGGAAUGGAUAUUGCCGUUGCUGAUGCGUUAGUCAGAAAGAACCCAGCUGGACUUUCAAAUUCCAAUGGGCUGGGCCAUUAGUGCAGAAAUGUAAUUCUACUAGUAAUUUUGAACUGGAAAUUGGAGCCACAACAAGAGUGGAGCCUACAUUACAAUUUUUAGCGUCACUUUUCAGAGCAGAACCACUGUUAAGACCGAUUGGAGACAUUCUCAGGCAGUCUAUGUGAUCCUGGUGUCUUUCAAAAUAGGCAAGCACC